AUGAAGCCAUACUUCGGCCUUCGGGGCACGAAUCUGAAUAUCAUGAUCGGCGUUAUUGCUGGUCUUGAUUUCCUGCUAUUUGGAUAUGACCAAGGUGUUAUGGGAGGUCUGUUGACAUUGAACUCAUUCAUUACGGUCUUCCCUGAAAUCGACACCACGAAAUCGCAUUCAUCGACAAGAAUCACUAUCGCCUCUUAUAACCUGGGCUGUUUCCUCGGCGCAGUCCUCUGUAUCUGGGUAGGAAACUACCUCGGUCGUCGUAAGACGAUUUUUGCUGGCUCCAUCAUCAUGGUGGUCGGGGCUACACUGCAGGCCUGUGCUUACUCGGUGCCGCAUCUCGUGGUCGGCCGUAUUGUCACUGGUAUCGGCAACGGCAUGAACACCUCUACCGUCCCUACAUGGCAGUCUGAAUGCUCCAAGUCCCACCACCGCGGAAAACUUGUCAUGUUCGAGGGCUCCUUGAUUGCUGCUGGAAUUACGAUCAGUUAUUGGCUUGACCUCGGAUUCUCCUUCCUUGACCCUAGCUCUGUUGCGUGGCGUUUCCCAAUCGCCUUCCAAAACGUCUUCGCGCUGGUCAUCCUAGUCUUCGUGCUGCCGCUCCCCGAAUCACCUCGCUGGCUGAUUCUCAAGGGCCGCGAACAGGAAGCUUUGCAGGUUCUCUCGGCAAUUCUCGACUUGGAUGAGAGCGAUCCCUACGUCCACUCGGAAUUUUCCGCUAUCAAGGAUGCAGUCCUGGCUGCCUCGAGUGUCAGCUUCCGUGACUUGCUCACUAUGGAUGAGAACCGCCACUUCCACCGUGUUGUACUUGCCUACGUCAACCAGAUGUUCCAGCAGAUCUCUGGUAUCAACCUGAUUACCUACUACGCUGCUACCAUUUAUGAGAACUCCCUCGGUAUGGAUGGCCUGACGUCGCGCAUUCUAGCUGCCUGCAACGGCACUGAAUACUUUUUGGCGUCUUUGAUCCCCAUAUUCAUUAUUGAGAAGGUGGGCCGACGAGUUCUGAUGCUGAUCGGUGCCGCUGGCAUGUCGAUCUCCAUGGCCGUCUUGGCCGCCACCACUAGCUUUGAGGGCCAGAGCAAGCCUGGUAUUGCUGCGGCCGUGUUCUUGUUUGUCUUCAAUACAUUCUUUGCCUUUGGCUGGCUGGGGAUGACCUGGCUCUAUCCUGCUGAGAUUGUGCCUCUACGAAUCCGUGCUCCCGCCAACGCACUCGCAACCUCGGCUAACUGGAUCUUCAACUUCAUGGUUGUCAUGAUCACGCCCGUUGCAUUUGACUCAAUCAAGUAUAAAACGUACAUUAUAUUUGCUGUCAUCAAUGCAUUCAUCGUUCCUGUCGUUUACUUCUUCUACCCUGAGACUGCCUAUCGAUCCCUGGAGGAGAUGGACACAAUCUUCCACAAGACAUCCAGCGUCUUCAAUGUCGUUUCGGUUGCGCGCAAUGAGCCCCACCGCUACGGCAAGAACGGCGAGCUUCUCAUCAACUAUGAGGACACUCAGGAGCACCUGCGCCGCGCCAGCUAUGUUUCAGAGAAGAAUAACAAGCUGGUUAGUGGAACGGGCGAUGUGGAGGCUGGAAAGGGUACCCAUGUUGAGCACCGCAAGCACAGCUCGUCUGCCAGUAGCUAA